AGAUUAGAGACACUAGUACAGAUUCAUAGAACAUACUUGUAGACAAAGUGUAUAGAUAUAUAGAGCAUAUAAUUAAUAUUUAAUAUUUUCUAUAUUCUAAUAAAAAAUAAAACAAGUAUAGUUAUAUAUAGUACUUUCUUGUGAUGCCUAUAUUGUAAUGUAAAAUCAAAUAGUGUAAACUGAUUCCUGAAUUGAUCAUUUUUAAUCGAGGUAUGUACAUGUUCUAAACAAAAUGGCAGAGAUAAAAAAAGAAACUGAAAAAGAAAACGCUAAUGAGGUUGAGCCUAUCCAUACUAGUGAACAGAGAACAGAAUAUUUUAAGAAACUAGAAGAAUGGUUGGUUGAAGCUUAUGCAUGGCAUGCCUUUGUUGCCGCAGUUCCUCAUCUUGUUGCCUCUAGUCAUAUGUUUCCAGGAACCCUUCCAAUAUUGAAUCCUGUUGGUACACCAUUAAUAAGUGCCAACGUAAGUCCACCGGAUCAACAAACAAGUGAUGUUGGAGUUCGCCAAAGAAGAGCUAAUGAACCUGUAACUAAUCAAAUGCAAGAACCUGGAGUUACAGGUAUCACUUAUCGAAUACCACCUAUUUGGAAAAGAUUUGUUGCAGAAUUCAUUGAUUCUAUGUUAUUAUUUUUAUUAAAAUUGUCUAUAACUUUUAUUGCUGUAGAUAUAUUCGACUUUAUAGAUAUUGAGCGUUAUUAUUUUGACAUGUUGCAAACUAACUUAAGGAUUGACUAUAAAAUGGCUCUAGAAUUAACAUCUGGAAUUUUAAUUUUGGAGCUGAUUCAUAGAAUAUUUGUUUGUGUAUUUGAGGCUUCUUGGUUACAACACGGAAGAAAUGGUAGAAUAGGUGGUGCUACACCAGGAAAAUCAAUAAUGCGCUUGAAAGUUGUACAGUGCAAAAACGUUACACCUGUAGGAAGACAAGAUGAAGAACUUGUCUUAGUAGUACCUGGAACUGAUUUGGGUUUGAUGCCAGCUCUAGGACGAUCUGUUCUAAAAAAUCUUAUUCUGGCAUUUCUUUUUCCAAUCUGUUUUGUUAUGUGCUUCUUCAGAUUUAAUCGAACAGGUUAUGAUCUAGCUUGUAAUUCAAUAGUUGUUGAAGAUACAUAUAGGAAUGGAAAUAAUAACAUUAAUAACAACAACAAUAAUAUCAAUAAUAAUAAUAUCAACAAUGAAAGAGCCCAACAAAACUAAAACUUGUUAGCCAAAUACUAGAGUUGGAGUGUACAUAAGACAUAAUUUUGUAAUAUAUAUAGAUGUGAUAUGUUCCAGCAGUAAUGAUGAGUGAUACAAAAUGUUAAAACAUUUUUUUAAUUGUGUAAUUUAAAUAUACUUGAAAUUUUCUGCAUCCCAAGUAAUUAUUAUAAUUCAUAGUGAAUAAUACAUAUUAAAACAGAAAAUGAAACAAGUAAAAAGAAUCUUUAAUUUUACUCUGAAAAUUGUGUUAAAAAAUGUUAUAAUUCAAAAAAAUAUACACAUUACG